AUGGCUAAACGUAUUGCAAUUAUAGGCGCAGGGAUCUCAGGUUUAACAGCAAUAAAACAAUGUCUGGUUGACGACUUAAUUCCGAUUUGCUUUGAACAAAAUUCUUUUAUCGGCGGAAUAUGGAGAUAUGAAGAUGUCUACGAAAAAAACAACGAUCCUUAUUCUUCAGUUUAUAAAGGUGUUUUAACCAAUACAUCUAAGGAAAUGACAACGUUUUCUGAUUUUCCAAUUCCGAUAGACUGGCCGACUUAUUUGAAUCAUUCACUAGUAGAAAAGUAUAUUGAUAUAUACGCCGAACAUUUUAAUCUUUUACCCCAUAUUAAAUUUAAUACUACCGUGUUAAGAAUAACUAUACUUCAUGAUAAACAUUGGAAAGUUAAAUAUAUUAUUCAAUGUGAAAAUGAAGAAAAAGAAGAAGUUUUUGAUUUCGUAAUGGUUUGUACCGGCAAACAUCGCAAACCCAAAUGGCCCGAAUUUAAAGGAAUGAAUUUAUUUAAGGGUAAACAAAUCCAUUCUUAUAUGUAUAAACGAGCUACAGAUUUUGAAGAUAAACGCGUUUUGGUGGUUGGUUGUGCUAAUAGUGCAAUGGACAUCGCGGUUGAAUUAACUCAUGCCGCAUCACAAGUCUAUUUAAGCAUUCGCAGAGAAAAACUUCCAUGGAUAUUACCACGCUUUAUAAAUGCUGGUACAGUUAUUGUGAAAUCGGAUAUUAAAGAACUUAAUUCUGAAAAUAAUCGAAUUGAAUUUGUUGAUGGGACUGUCUUAGAAAAUAUUGAUGUUGUUAUUUAUUCUACUGGUUAUGAUAUUGAAUAUCCAUUUUUAGAAAAGCAUAUUUUUACUGGUGGGGAUGAAAUCGUGCAAGAGUUUGAAAAAGACUUUUGUGAUUUAGUUUGGUUGUACAAAUCAAUGUUUCCUCCAAAGUAUCCAAAUAUUGCUUUUAUGGGAUUGACUGUAGCAGCUGGUGCUAUUUUGCCAAUCAGUGAAAUGCAAGCACGUUACAUAACAAGUCAUAUUAAAGGAUUGAUGAAGCCACUCCCAUCUCAAUAUGAAAUGGAAAAAUCUAUACGUAAUAAUUACGAAAAUAUUCGUAAAAAUUCUUGCAAACAUGCUCGUAGUGCUAUUCGACAAAAUUAUCUAUCUUAUAUGGAUACUUUGAGCAAAGAUAUUGGUUGUUAUCCUUAUUCUUAUGAGAUAAUUAAAAAGUUUGGCUUUAGAUUUUGGCAAUUAAUUAUGUUUGGCAUAGCAACUCCUAUACAAUAUCGGCUGCUAGGAAGGGAUUCUUGGGAAGGUGCAAGAGAAGCUAUUUUGCUUUAUAACAAAGAUAAUUUUAAGCAUACCGUUAAAAGUUCCAAA